UUCGCGUGAAAGACACAAACAUCGAAUGCGCAUUCGAUGAGGUGCUUUCCGCCAAAUUAAGCUCGGUCGACAUGCCUGAAAACGAUGUCAUUCAUGAAGAAAGAAAUAUUCAUCUACCAGCCUGCUCGUGUUUGCAUUGGCCGGUCCCAUCGGAACUGUAUACUGCCUAAUAAUGUCGGCACCAGAAGAAUGCAUACCAACACGAUCAUUCAUCACACUCUCGCAUAUGGCAACGUUUUAUUUACCCGCUCGAGAUUGCCGGCUUCCCACUCGGUCUGCGAUCGUUGCCCACAACAAUCAAGGCACUUGUCAAAUAAUGCUCCGGCGCAAAAUGGUCCUGGUCGCAACAAGAAUCUGCCGUCAACGCCCGCUCGCACACGAUUUGCGCCCUCUCCUACAGGGCAGCUUCAUAUCGGCGGACUGAGAACAGCGCUCUUCAGCUACCUACUCGCGAAGAAGACCAAAGGACAAUUCAUUCUUCGAAUUGAGGACACCGACCAAAAACGCCUAGUGACUGGUGCCGAAGCCCAGAUCUGUGAUGACUUGAAGUGGGCAGGCCUUCAAUGGGACGAGGGACCGGGUGUCGGCGGACCGUACGGGCCAUACAAACAAUCUGAACGCAACCACAUCUAUCUACAAUACACCCAGCAACUCCUAGACACAAGCGCUGCAUAUAGAUGUUUUUGUACGCCGCAAUCGUCAGAGACGCCAGACGCAGGAAGUAGCUAUGUGACAAGCGGCUGCUAUCAGUCUUGUGGCACAAGGUCUUUAGAGGAGUCUGACGAGCGCGCGAGCAGAUCAGAGACAUACACAGUUCGUCUACGAACACCUACAGAUGCCCACAAACGGAUUUACCAAGACCUCAUACACGGCAAAAUACAACGACUCAAGCGAUCGCCAGGAACUAGCUCGAGUUCAGAAGCUGAGUCGGGUUUUAGUGCCGCCGAAAGCAUAUUGCUGAAGUCCGAUGGUACGCCUACCUAUCACCUCGCGAAUGUCGUUGAUGACCACCUCAUGAAGAUCACACACGUCAUCCGAGGAAGCGAGUGGAUGGCGAGCACGCCUCUACACUACGAUUUGUAUGCCGCUUUCGGCUGGGAGCCCCCCCAGUUCGCGCACGUCAGUCUUCUGGCUGACGAAAAUAAAGCCAAACUAUCGAAGCGCAGCAGUACUGGUCUCGUUCUUGAUGUUCGAGGUAUGCGCGAGCAAGAGAAUGUCCUGCCUGUGGCGCUUUGCAACUUUCUCGCACUUUUAGGAUGGAGUAAUCCACAAAAGGACGACCUCAAAGACAUGCAAUCUUUGAUCAGCGAUUUCGAUCUCAAAUUCACCAAAGGCAAUACCAUUGUCCGUACAGAGAAACUAUGGUACUUGCAGAAAAUGCAUGUGGCCAAGAUAUGUAGUGAAGCGAGCACAGGCAUUUCAACUUCGGGCCAUAAAUUCGAAGAGAUCGUGGAUCAGAUUCUCCCAUCUGCAUCACUGCUAUGUUCAAGCACCCCUCAUAUCGCCAUGUUUUCUUCUGGCCUAGUGAAUGCAGAUGCUGCCAUCCGCGCUCAAUGCAGGCGAGUACUGCUCGUCGACCCAAAGGCCUACAGAACGCCUCACCAAUAUGUCAACCAGCGAAACCAGUACUUCUUCACAUACGAUCGUAGCAGAGUUCCCGACGAGCCUGAUGCCAAUAGUGAGGAGCGACCGGGUGUUCGGCGAAACGAUCUGAGGUCUUUCACGAACGACUUCAUACAAAGCUUGCAAUGUUCGGAAGCAUUCAAUCGACUACGUCCUUUGACGUUAGCAGGUCAGACUGACGAAACAGCCAACAGAAUGGGCGAAUCGAGCUGCCAAUCUCUUUUGCAAUCUAUACUUUGUGUCUCAGAAGAGAUCACCAAAGCGCUCGACGCGGCAAUUCGGGGGAGAGCAUCUCCUCACAUCGACUUCUCGCAGUGUGAUCCCUUAGCACUCCAGAAACAAGAUGCGCUGGCAAUUUGGAUGCUAGCUUCUAAACAGGUUCGGUCGGAACAGGAGGCGCAGCAAGUUGUGGAGGAACACAAGCGCUGGAAAAUGGGAUUAUUACACUUCCUUCGCGAAAAGCUCGCAUACGGCCAAGCAGGACCCAACAUUGGUCAGGUAAUGGCGCUAUUAGGGCUGGACGAAUGCCGACGACGUCUUGCCGGGCAAAGGUAGAUCAGGUCGCUGAAUUGUGAAGUCUCCGCGCGGGAUGAAAGCGGACUGAAAGAGGUCGGGGUCUUGUACAAGUAAUAUUGGCUACAUUUAAAGAAUAAAGUACAACGCCGCCUGAGGUUACAAAUGCGAACUGGGUCUAGCGAUAACGCUCCUCCUUCAAUCGCUUGUAAGGUAAUGGAUCGAUGCGUUUCCUCUUAAAUUCAACGUCCCAUCCGGGAAUACCAGCUCGCUGCAUGACGCCAGCAGUUCCGUCGUCCCACUGAGUUCGGAACAAAUGCACGCCAAUGGGCUUUAAUUGGAACCUGUCAACGAAGCCCCUAAGCGUGAAGCCCUCCCGUCGCGCAAACUUUCCCUUCGCUUCC